AUGGUACAGAUAGAAAGGUUUGUAAGAAAGAUUAACCAGAUAUCAAGGCCUGGGUCAACCUUGCAGAGACGGAAUUUUACGUCAACACCAUGUUUCAAUCUGCGCACCACAGAACUACUAGGACCGAGUCUGAUCAAUCUGAAAGUCAAUCCUGAUCGCCUUUGGGACACGAUCCAUUCCACAGCGAAAUGGACAGAACCAAAAAGCAUUCCGAACGACGAUAUCAAAGCCGCCGGCCUCACACGACUGACGCUCAGCAAGGAGGAUAAACAGGCGCGUGACUGGUUUGUCAAAGAAACUGAAUCAUUAGGUUGCAAAUCCCACGUCGACCAAAUGGGCAAUAUCUUUGCUAUUCGGCGGGGUCUGAGCAAUGAUAAGAUCCCUGCGACUUUCGCCGGGAGCCACCUCGACUCCCAGCCGAGCGGCGGCAGAUUUGAUGGCGUGCUAGGAGUCGCCGCUGGAGUCGAGAUGUUGAGAGUCCUGAAUGACAACUGUAUCGAAACUAAGGGUCCGGUCGGCGUGGUCAAUUGGACGAACGAAGAGGGCGCGAGAUACCCUAUCAGCAUGAUGGGGAGUGGUGUCUGGUCAGGACGAGUACCGAUAGAUGUCGCUUGGAAUUCAAAUAGUGUGAUUCCAGGCCGUCCAGUGACGACCGUCAAAGACGAACUGGAAAGUAUAGGCUACCGAGGGGUUAUCCCUUCGAACUAUAACGACGGUAUCAAAUUGGGAGCGCAUUUCGAACUUCAUCUAGAGCAGGGUCCUAAGUUGGAAGUCUCACGACAGCCCAUUGGCAUUGUUCAAGGCGUGCAAGCCUACAAAUGGUUUACGUUGACUGUCACAGGGAGAGAAUCACACGCUGGGACGACAGAUUUUACCGAUCGAGCAGAUGCUUUGUACUCGGCCGCGGGCUUGAUAGCCAUGGUACGAGAAGUGGCGCAGAAAUCGGGCGGACUGGCUACUGUUGGAAUGCUCACUAUUUCUCCUGGCAGUGUUAAUACGGUGCCGGGCGAGGUGAGAAUGACCCUCGACAUUCGACACCCGUCCGACGAUGUUCUAGGUGGAAUGGUCAAGAAGGUCACAAACGCUUGUCAACGCAUGUCUUCCUCCUCCGGAACGAGUCGCCUGACGCGAAUCACGAUCGAUAUGGAGGAAGAUUUCUCUAGCAAUGCGGUUACGUUUAACGAGGACGCUAUCAGAUGCGUUGAUGAGAGCGCCGAAGCACUCCUGGGAGACAAGAGCAGAGUGCAGCAUAUGACUAGUGGAGCGGGACAUGAUAGUGUUUGUACCAAUAUGCAUUGUCCCACAGCUAUGAUUUUCAUCCCAUGUAGGGAUGGGAUCAGUCACCAUCCCCAGGAAUGGUGUGAAAAAAAUGACUGUGGCACGGGAGCCAAUGUGUUGCUGCAUUCGGUCUUGAGAAUGGAUCGGCUGCGGAAAGAAAGAGGAGAUUUUGACCGGUAG